AUGGACGACUACUUGCAGAGCUUCCACUCUGUCACGGAAGCUCAGCAAACGGUAAAAGCAGUCGAUUACGUCCACAAACAAGCGGGGUUCGUACUCAGCGGGUCGACAUCGAACGAAGAGAAAACAAUAGAAGAAAUAACGACAGAACAUAAACAACACGACGCGACCGUGAGCCUGGGCGGAAAAGAAACUGAGAAGACGCUCGGCCUGCUCUGGCAUGUACAAAGCGAUCAUAUUGGAUUUAAUACUCACAAUAUGAAGAUGCCUGCCGACGUAAAAGAAAAACAACGCUUGCCAACUAAACGUGAAGCGUUGAGCAUCAUAAUGGCAUUAUUUGAUCCGCUGGGAAUAAUAUCACCAGUGACCACCCCAGCGAAGAGAAUAUUCCAAGACAUGGCGUUACAAGGCGGACUGGGACGACCCUCUGCCCACGGAAUUAAAAGAAAAAUGGGAAGACUGGAUUACUUCACUUAA